CAUUUUGUUAGUUAUUUAAUUAUUGCCUUUGUUAAUAUUUACGAAUAUUUUAGUUCCCCAUAUUAUUAAUUGAGUAAUUUUGGGUUAGCGAAUAGGUUAGGUGAGGGGUUUUAGGCCACGGGCUUUAGUCAAUAGAUACAGUGUUGUUGUUGGUUGGUUGUUGGUUGUGAGGUUGGUCAUCCACCUCACAACCCACACGAUAGAAGAAGAAGAAGAAGUGUAUAUAGAUACAGUGCAUGGUACCUACCUACGUACCAAUGGUCAGGCGACGGUUACAUAAUGUUAUUAUACUUACGCUGUAUCUAUUAUACAAAUAUCCAUCUAUCGACUCCUAUUUCCUGAUGUCAAGUCCUGUACCGGUAUUGAUAAUAAUUUGUGCAUACUUUUUAAUGGUCGCUGUUGGACCUCGUCUAAUGAAGAACAGGGCUCCAUUUAAAUUGGAAAAAAUAUUACUUGUCUACAACGCCCUGCAAAUUCUUGUGUCUGCAUCACUUUGUUACCAGAUUGUAAGCGUAGGUAUAUUUAAAGAUGGAUUUCUACAUGGUGGCUGCCAUUACCCUAUGGAUACAAAGGAUCCCAUGCUCAUAUUCGGAACAUACAUUUAUUUCUUCACGAAAAUAACGGAGCUUCUUGAUACGGUGUUCUUCGUUUUAAGAAAGAAAAAUAAUCAGAUCACGUUCCUCCACGUCUUUCACCAUGCUUCUAUGGUCCUCUACAUGUGGAGCUACUUGAAGUAUGCUGCUGGUGGCGAUGGAGCCGUCUUAGCGUUCCUUAAUUGCAUCGUUCACGUCACUAUGUAUACUUACUACCUCCUCGCUGGUCUUGGGCCUAGAUUCCAGAAGUACUUGUGGUGGAAGAAAUACGUCACAGAGUUGCAGCUGAUUCAGUUCUUACUAAUGCUCUUCUACAACGUAUGGACAUUCUUCUCCCCAAGAUGCCGGUUCUCUCCAGUCUUCACCGGAAUUAUUUCUUUUAACGUCACCGUAUACUUAGCUCUCUUCCUCAAUUUCUACGUUAGUAGUUACAAAAAGAAAAAUAAAACUAAAGAAUAUCCUCAGAUUGACGCCAUGUUUCUUAUGUCGAAUCCAAUUCCACUAACGCUGAUAUUGAGUACUUACUUCCUGAUAGUUUCAAUUGGACCUAGAAUAAUGAAGAAUAGACAUCCAAUGAAAUUAGAUAAAAUAUUAAUUGUCUACAAUCUCUUCCAGAUUAUUAUGUCAGGAAUUAUCAUACAUAAGAUAGUACGAGUAGUCAAAAUUUUUCAAGAUGGAAUCAUAUACGCUGGAUGUCGGUAUUCAGUAGAUACUAAGGACCCUGAGUUACUGUAUGGAACCUGGCUGUUCUUCUUUACAAAAGUGACAGAACUUCUUGACACAGUAUUCUUCGUACUUCGGAAGAAAAAUAACCAGAUCACCUUCCUACAUGUAUACCAUCACGCUUUGAUGGUGGUCUACAUGUGGAGUUACCUGAAAUACGCGGCAGGAGGCGACGGACCAGUCCAAGCUCUGCUCAACUGCACGGUCCACACCGUCAUGUACUCUUACUACCUCCUGGCCGGCCUAGGGCCAACCUUCCAGAAGUAUUUGUGGUGGAAGAAAUACGUCACUAAAUUGCAAUUGAUUCAAUUCGUAAUAAUGCUUCUGUACAACGGCUGGACGUACUACACUCCUAGAUGUCAAUUUUCUGGAGCCUUCAGCGGAUUUCUUUCCGCCAAUGUCACCCUAUUCUUAAUUCUCUUCACCCAAUUCUACUUCAAAAACUAUAAAAACAAAAAUAAAAGAAUAUAAAACUAA